AUGAACAACAUCACGAUUCGGCCCUGUGACUUCAUCUAUCCGAAAACCACGUUAUUGCUGGACGGAGACGCCAAGUACGAUCCACUACAGACCUCCGUCUCACAAGGUGACCUCGAACGCUCUUGGAGACAAGGACUCGAACUCAUCGAAGCCGUGUGGGACAAAUGGACGUCCGAAUACCUUUCUGAGUUGCGCAAGCAACAUUAUAACCCGAAAAAGGGCGCCACCGUACCUGAAGUCGGUGAGGUGGUGCUCCUGUCAUCGGAUAAGAAGCCUCGAAGCCAGUGGCCGCUCGCCAUCGUUACAGAGCAAAAAAUUAGCUCGGAUGGAGUAUGCCGCACCGUCAAACUGAAAACAGCGAGCGGAAACAUCCACGAACGACCUACGGACGCAGUCAUCCCCUUAGAAAAGAAGAGGGGCGCUCAAGCUGCCCAGUUCAACGACCAAGAACCGAAGAGGACGCCCCCU